AUGGUUGCCUUUGCGAAGUGGCUGGCUCUGUUGGGCCUCGCCGCAUCGGCUGCGGCUCAAGACGAUCCGUCCAUCGACUGGCCUGUCCAUGACAACAAUAUCACGGAAUUGGUGCAAUGGGACCACCACAGCUUCUUCGUCAACGGGCAGCGAUUGUUUGUUUUCUCGGGAGAGUUUCAUUAUUUUCGCAUUCCCGUUCCUGAGCUAUGGAGAGACCUUCUCGAAAAGGUCAAAGCCGCUGGCUUCAAUGCCUUCUCCAUCUACAACUCCUGGGGCUAUCACAACCCCGUCGAGGGCGUGCUCGACUUCGAAAACGGCGCCCACAACUUCACCUCGAUCAUGGAGCUCGCGAAGGAACUCGGAAUGUACAUGAUCAUCCGCCCGGGCCCUUACAUCAACGCGGAAGCCAACGGCGGCGGGUUCCCCCUGUGGGUCACAACCGGCGAGUACGGCGCGCUGCGCAACGACGACCCGCGGUACACGGAGGCGUGGAAGCCGUACAUGACGGCAAUCUCCAAGGUCAUUCGCCCGCACCUGAUCACCAAUGGCGGGAACGUCAUCUUGUAUCAGAUCGAGAAUGAGCUGAACGGGCAGUGGAAGGACAUUGAGAAGAGGGUCGACAACCCGCCGAUCCAGAAUUACAUGCAGAGUCUGUAUGAUAACGCGCGGGAGAACGGGAUUGACGUGCCGCUGACGCACAAUGCCCCAAAUAUGUUCGGUUAUUCAUGGUCGCGAGACUUCUCGUCUGCAAAGGGGAACAUGGAUGUCGUCGGUCUGGACAGUUAUCCUUCGUGCUGGAGUUGCAAUCUGGACGAAUGCACCGGCACCAACGGCGAAUAUGUGGCAUAUUCGCCAACCCAGCCAAACUUUAUGCCAGAACUCCAAGGUGGAAGCUACAACCCGUGGGGGGGCCCAGAAGGUGGCUGCCCUGGAGAUAUCGGUACCGACUUUGCCAACAUGUUCUACCGCAACCUCAUAUACCAGCGUAUCACGGCUGUGAGCCUGUACAUGCUCUACGGAGGGACAAACUGGGGCAACCAUGGGGCGCCAAUCGUGGCAACGAGCUACGAUUACUCUGCCCCAAUCUCCGAGAACAGAAUCCUUUGGGACAAGUACUACGAGACGAAGCUCUUGACGCAAUUUACAAGGAUCGCGCACGACUUGCCAUACACCAACCGGCUGGGCAAUAGCACUCGAUACUCAACAAACCCUGCCAUCGCUGCCUCGGAGCUUAGGAACCCAGACACAGGGGCGGCGUUCUAUGUUGUUAUGCACGCGUACUCCCCAUCGGCAACGCUCGAGAAGUUCCAGCUCAAGGUCAACACUUCUGCUGGCGAGUUGACGAUCCCCCAGCACGGCAGCCAGAUCGCAGUCAACGGCCACCAAGCCAAGAUCUUGGUCACGGACUUUCGCUUCGGCAACAAAACUCUGCUCUACUCGACGGCAGAAGUGCUCACCUAUGCAGUCCUCGAUGGCAAGGAAAUCCUGGCACUAUGGGUGCCGACUGGCGAGAGCGGCGAGUUUGUUGUCAAGGGCGCCGCCUAUGCUAAUGUGCUCUCCUGUCGGGGCUGCUCGAAUGUGCAAAUCUAUCCAACCGGAGACAGCGUUGCUGUGGCAUUCACGCAGAAUACCGGGAUGAGUCUCAUCGGGCUCCCUGAUGGCUCAAAGAUUGUGUUACUGGACCGGUCUCAUGCUUACCGGUUCUGGUCGCCAGCCCUGAAUAAUGACCCGCAGUCUCUGCCAGAUACAAAUGUCCUCGUUCAAGGUCCCUACCUCGUCCGGUCUGCAAGACUCACCGAAAAUGGAGAAUGUCUCGCGCUCAAGGGCGAUCUCGCCAACGCCACAUCCGUCAGCGUCUUUGCUUCGGAAGCUAUCAAGACCUUGACAUGGAACGACAAGCAAGUCGUCAUCAAGUCUCGCGAGAAUGGAAUCAUCGUCGGCGAGCUCGCUGGUGCCCCUUCGACGUUUAAGCUGCCUGCUUUGACGGGGUGGAAGGUCGCUGACGGUCUUCCGGAGAUUGGGAAGGACUACGAUGCUUCCGGCCGCGCCUGGAUUAUUGCCAACAAGACCGAAACUGCCAACCCGACUAAGCCAGCACCGAACAACCCGGUCCUCUACGCGGACGACUACGGCGUCCAUGCGGGCACCCAGCUCUUCCGCGCGACCUUCCCGACGACCUCGACACCACCGACGGCCGUCUUCCUCUCCCUCUCGGGCGGCACGGCGUUUGGCUACUCGGCCUGGCUCAACGGUGCGUACAUUGGAUCGUGGCACGGCUCGGCCUCGACCGCGACGCAGAACGUGACCUUGUCGUUUGCCAACGCGACGCUCGCCAGCACCACCACCACCACCACCACUACUACUACAGCCGCCACGAGCGAUACUGCCAGCACGCAGGACGAGAACAUCCUCUUCAUCGUGAUGGACAACAUGGGCCACGACCAGCGCUCCGAGGCCCUGAACCCGCGCGGCAUCCUCAACGCCACUCUUCUGCUGCCCCUCCCCACACCGUCCUCUUCAUCCAAUGGGGCCGGCUCGGAGAACGAGCAGCAGCAGCAACAGCACGGGUUCACGUCCUGGAAGAUCGCCGGCACCGCGGGAAGCGACACCCGGUCCGUGCUGGACCCGGUCCGGGGCUUCCUCGCCGAGGGCGGGCUCUACGGCGAGCGCGUGGGGGCGCACCUCCCCGGGUUCCCAGACUCGGAGUGGGAGUCUGUCGUUGCUGCUGUCGCCAGCACCGCCGCCACCACCAAGACGACGCUCGGGGUUCCGGGCGCCGGGAUGCGCAUCUUCCGCACCACGCUGCCCGGCCUGGCCGUGCCGCGGGGCCUAGACGUGUCCGUGUCGUUCAGGCUCACGGCCCCGCGGCCGGGGCGGGACCGGCUGCGCGCGCUGCUGUUUGUCAACGGGUACCAGUAUGGUCGGUUCGUGCCGCACGUGGGGAACCAGGUUGUGUUUCCUGUGCCGCCGGGGGUGCUUGACUAUUCUGGUGGUGGUGGUGAUGCUGCUGGUGCUGCUGCUGGCAGUCAGAGUAACAAGGCGACGACGGGCAACACGAUUGUCGUCAUGGUGUGGAGCCAGGACGCUGCCGGGGCCGAGGUGGAUGUCGAGUGGGGGGUCGACUUUGUGCACGAGACGUCGUUUGACAUGGCGUUUGAUGCGGGCGGGCUGAGGCCCGGGUGGGAUGAGUCGCGGAUGGCGUAUGUUUGA